AUGGGCAACAUCAGCGUCGUCGAAUCAAUCGAUUGCCUUUCCUUGGAUCUGCUCCGGACUCUGAGCCGUGAAAAGUACCCAUCUGGGAAUAUGUUGGUGUCUCCUCUGAGCAUCACUUCAGCUCUGGCUAUGGUCUACCUGGGAGCCAGAGGAGACACAGCUGCUCAAAUGGAAAAGGCCCUGUCAUACACCAGGGUUAUAGACGUCCACGCCGAACUCAAGAAGUUAAUCGAAGACAUCAACUCACCAUCAUACAAUCUGAAAACAGCCAAUCGUCUGUAUGGGGACAAAACCGAAAAGUUCCUAUCUGCAUACCACGAAGACGUGCGUAAGUACUACAAGGCCGACCUGAAGAUUGUGGAUUUCAUCGGGGCCACGGAGGCGAGCAGAAAGGAGAUCAACACCUGGGUCGAGCAGCAGACAGGAAAUAAAAUAAAAGAUAUCCUGAAGCCGGGGACAGUCUCUGCAGAGAUGAAACUGGUUCUGGUCAAUGCCAUCUACUUGAAGGCAGACUGGAUGAACCGCUUUUAUAAAGUAGACACCAAAGACAUGUAUUUUAAAGUCAGCCAGACUGAGAGCAAACCAGUCCAGAUGAUGUUCCAGAAGAAGAAUCUGCCCUACAACUACAUCCCUGACCACGCUCUGCAGAUCCUGGAGCUGCCGUAUGAGAAGGAGGUGCUCAGCAUGUUCAUCCUGUUGCCUGAAGAGUCCACAGACGGUUCCGACCCUCUGCUGAAGCUUGAGAAGGAGCUGACUAAGAAGAGGCUGGAGGAAUGGACCGACAAGAGAAACAUGUCAGUCAACGCAGAUGUCCACGUUCACCUGCCAAAGUUCAAGCUGGAGGAGAACUACGAGCUGAAGGAGCUUCUGUCUGACCUGGGCAUGACGAAAGUGUUCCGCAAGUCAGAGGCCGACCUGUCUGGCAUGAGCAAUGGAAAAAUCUUCCUGUCUGAGGUGGCCCAUAAGGCCUUCGUGGAGGUGAACGAGGAGGGCACGGAGGCGGCUGCGGUCACAGCAAAUGUCAUGGUAGGUUGCUGUGGGCCGAGCGAGCGCAAGGAUCUGUUGUUCACAGCAGACCACCCCUUCCUCUUCUUCAUCAGGCACAAUAAAACCAAGACCAUCCUCUUCCUCGGCAGAAUCUCGUCUCCUCAGAAAGGCGACAGACAACAACCCUGUCUUGUACCUCUGUGGAGUGAAAAAUAUUCCGAAAUCAGGCCAUUUGUCCUGACUGCCGCCAUGGGUGUUGAAUAUAGGACUUUGAUCCACUUACAAAAAGUGGGCCCCAUUCCAAAUUUUUCUAGAGCUGCGAAAAGAUAG